AAAACAAAACAGAACAAACCCCUAAUCUUCGCCACUAGUUCCAACCACACGAAACCAAACCACUCUCAUGGCAGACACAAAGAAGGUUCAAUCCCCAGAACCAACGGUGGUUGAUGAUGAGAAUCAACGGAUAACAUCAUCCCCGCCGCCGCCGCCACCACCACAAUGGAAAGGGAUGAGGUACCCUUCUCCUAUGGUAAUGCCACAUCAUAUGAUGUAUGCUCCACCACCUUAUCCUCCUCCUCCUUAUCUUCACCAUCAUCAGUUUCAUCACCAGCAUCAUCAUUAUCAUCAGUCUCGUGGUAAUAAGCAUCAGAAUGCUUCGAAUACUGAGAAUAAGACUAUUUGGGUUGGUGAUUUGCUUCAUUGGAUGGAUGAGAAUUAUCUUAAUUCUUGCUUUUCUUCUUCUGGAGAGAUUUCGUCGGUUAAGGUUAUCCGCAAUAAGCACACUGGUUUGUCUGAAGGGUAUGGAUUUGUUGAAUUUGUUUCCCACGAUGUUGCGGAAAAGGUGUUGCAAGAAUUCAAUGGUGAAACUAUGAUAGAUGCCGAGCAACCUUUCCGUUUAAACUGGGCUAGUUUUAGCACUGGUGAAAAGCGCUUAGAGAGUGGUCCUGAUCUCUCGAUUUUCGUGGGGGAUUUAGCGCCAGAAGUCACAGAUACUUUGUUGGAAAAACUAUUUUCUGAGAAAUAUCCAUCUGUCAAGAAUGCAAAAGUUGUAAUAGAUGGCAAUACUGGUCGAUCAAAGGGAUAUGGCUUUGUGAGAUUUGGAGAUGAUAGUGAGAGGAGCAAAGCUAUGUUGGAGAUGAAUGGUGUGAAAUGUAUUAGCCGCGCUAUGCGAAUUGGUCCUGCAACCCCUAGGAAGCCAAGUGGUUAUCACCAACAAGGUGGGUAUAUGUCAAAUGGUGGCUUUCCUCGACAUGAUGGGGACUCAUUGAACACAACAAUAUUUGUUGGAGGACUUGAUUCUAGUGUCACAGACGAAGAUCUUAGACAACCUUUUGCCGGUUUUGGUGAAAUAGUCUCUGUCAAGAUACCUAUUGGAAGAGGAUGUGGAUUUAUUCAGUUUGUGAACAGAGAAAAUGCAGAGGAGGCUCUAGAGAAAUUAAAUGGGUCUAUGAUUGGUAAACAAACUGUUCGCCUUUCUUGGGGUCGCAAUCCUGGCAAUAAACAGCCUAGAGGUGAGUAUACUGACCCUUGGGUUGAUCCAUACUAUGGAGGACAAUAUUACAACGGUUAUGGAUACAUGGUACCACCACCUGUUGACCAGAGAAUGUACCCUGUGGCACCUUAUGGAGCUUAUCCGUUUUACGGUGGUCAUCAGCAACAACAAGUAAGCUGAGAAGAACAAUAAAAGAAGUUAGUAGGUAUGAGACAAAACUGUCUUCUUCUUCUCCUCUCUCUAUCCUCUCCUUGGUUAGCUCCUUGGCAACGAAUUUUGAUAAAACCAUAGUGCUACUUAAUUUAUGUAGGGAUUUUGAUUGGAUUGAUUUAUUUUAUUUGAUUCUCAGAUGCUUAUAUUAUGGUACUUUAUUUGAUCUAGGAUUGAGUUGUGGUUUGUGCA